UACAAAUUCCUUCCUUCACUAACGUGACCUCAAAGGCAGGACUUUCAAGCCAAGUCUUGCAUCUCUGGCCCUCCUCUUGCAGCCUGACACACAGGCACUUAGGAGGGAUGCUGACACCCUGAGAAAAGGGGAAGAAAGGCCCGGUUUCUGAAUGCUGGGGAAGGCAAGGCCUCUGCUUUGCACGUAGAAACUCCUGGGUUCAAUCCCCAGCAGCAACUCCAGCCCCCCUUGCGUAGCACCCAGCCUGCCUCUAUGGUUCACGGGUUCUUGAUCCACACCUUACGCUGCCGGCCUGGGGAGGAGGCUGGGCACAGCCGAGUGCUCUAUUCCAGGGUCUUCAGCCCCGAAGGGUUGGAAGAUGCCAGAUGCCAGGAGCGCGACAAGGAGCGGCUGUGCAGGAAGGAGCAGCUUCUGGUGGUGGCAAGGCAAGUGGAGUCGGCAUGCAAACUACACCAGCAGGCCUCCGGGAAGCCUCACUCCGAGCACCUCAUCCAGCUGCCCGACGAACCCGUUUCUCUACAGGAUGCUCCAUCGGGAGUCUUCCGCCUCCCCCCUGGGGACCCCUUCUCUGAGGACAAGACUGUGUUGUGGUUGGGCGUCCAGUGCCUUGCCUUUGCUCUGGUCUGCGACCCCCACGAGAACCUGAUGUUGGCCGAGAGCACCCUGAGGCUCCUUGCCAAGGUCCUACUGGAUCGGCUCAAGCUGCUGAGCUCGGGCAGCGACAUCCUGCUCAAGGCCGACAGGACGGAGGCCGUCCUCCACAGAUUCCUUCCUCACGGGCAGCUCCUGUUCUUGAACGAGCAGUUUGUGGUGGCGCUGGAGAAGGAGGCGAGCGCCUCCCUUUGCAAAUAAAAGGUUUCUGAAUGGCUUGGCUUCUUCACUGGGAAUCUGUAGAUCAAGCAGCCAGUUUGCUGUAGUCUGUCUGUAUCUCAGCCUUCGCCAACCCGGUGCCCUCCAGGUGUUUUGGACUACAACUCCCAUCGUCCACAGCAAACGUGCUGGCUGUGGACGAUGGGAGUUGUAGUCCAGAACACCUGGAGGGCACCGGGUUGGCAAAGACUGCUCCAUAUUGUGCUCGGUGGUAUCACACUGCGCUGUAUGACAGAGAAAUAGAAAUGAAGGCGUAUGAGGGAGGCAAGGCAUCGGGGACCCCUUACCUCCCCCACAAUCUCAGGUUCUGAUUUUCCCCUUCCUCGAAACAAGCCUCUCCCCCUGAAAUUAUAAUUCUAGUUGUAGUUAUUGUUAUUAAUAAUAAAAGCUAACAUGUGAGCAAUCCUU